AUGCUCGCUCGGAGCUCGGAGGGAGCUUUGAAUGGAUCGGAAACGUCUCGCGAGGAGGCGGACGAUCAAGGACUGGCCAAUGCGCAUUCGGAUUUGGUCACUUCACCAACAUCAGAAGUGGCUGGGACGGCGGAUUCGGGUGUGCAGAAGUCACAAAUCGAUCGGACGGUGAGUUGAUGCAAACUCUGAAAUAAAACUAACAGAAAAUGCUUACUUUCAGCACUUCACGGGCUCUGGAACAGAAUCCGAUCCGGAAGAGGCGGAAGCUCCGAGAGACGGGCAGUCUGAUGAGCAGCUCGCUCAGAUCCCGGACGAGGCGGAGCCAAUGGAGGAGGAGCAGGCGCCAGGGCCGAUGGAGGACCGUCAGGAGACCCAGAACGAGCGCAUGGGGCAGCAGGCUCGUGGAUCAACGGCUCGGGAGGAGUACUCGGAGUCGGCGAUGGAGCAAGAGAGAGAGGAGCCGCGGAGAGCUCAGGAGGAACAACGGCGCGGAGAAGAAGCUCAGGAGGAGCAGGCGCGGGGGAGCAGGGAGCGCCAGGAGGAGGCGAUGACAGGGACGAGAGCGAGGAAGACUCUGCAUGCUCACCGAAAAGGCGUCGGAGCAACGAGUCCGAGGACCCGGAUACAGUGGGCACACCACAACACCCACGCCGUGUGUCCGACCUCGAUUAUGACUCGCCGGCGCCGGUUCGCAGAGGCUUUCACACGCCACCGUCUCCACAGUCGCCGCCGUCACGACCAAGCUGCGGGAGGACACCGUCGCCGCUGGCCCCAGCACUCACAAACAAUUCGCUGCGGUCGACGGCGACGGUGUACAAUCUGAGGGAUCUUGUUCGACCGACUCCGCUCAAUGUCGGAGUCCUGAACAGGACGAACCGGAAGAGGGUAAGCAAUGCCGAUACCGGAAUUUCGAGUUGAAAAUUUUGUUUUUUUUAGAAGAGAACCCGAUGCUCAGCGCCAGCGCCCGGUCGGCAGCAGAUCGUGUUCGGGAACCUUGAGUUCCAAAUCGAUCCGUCGGACGACGAGUUCCGAGCACGAAUCGGCGACAUACUGGGCCGACUUGGGUAAGAUUUCAUGAUUUCAAGCGCCAAAAACCGACUAAACACUCAUUAUUUAUAGAAUCGAUUUGGAUUGGGACGCGGCAACGUUCCCGAACGCCUCGCGGGGACGGCAACACCCGAUCUCUCCAAUCUUCUAGACCAUCGUGGAGGUUCCGAAAGCAGUGGCGGAGAAGAUCGGGCGGGCCGUCGCAGAACACCUGGACAGCUUCAAUCAGCUGGAGUACGGCAAUAACGUAGAGGUUUGUUUAUUUCUCGAAAAGAGAAUGUCAGUUUUUGACCACGAAGCUUUGCAGCAGUACGUCAUUGUCGAGCUCCACGACACAAAGGAGUCGCGGACCAGGGACGCAUUUCUGCACGCCGCCGCCAGCAACUUCAGGAUGAUGUACCGUCACGACCGAAACUGCUCCGUCACCGUCUGCCACAAACAUCUACUGGUGACGAGAGACGGUUCAGUCCUCGAGAGGCUGUCCGUGAAGGACAUCAAGGACAAGUUCGCGGCCAACUUCGAUGCGAUCAUGCGGAGCAUCCACCCAACCCAGAGGUCAGGUGUCAAAAUGCUCCUCCAAUGAGAGGAUUCGCCUCGCUAUUUUUUAAUCAUUCUGGAAUAUAUUGAUUUUUGAAAGUUUUAUCGUUUAAUGAAUGUUUUAUGAGUCAGACUCCGUACUCAUCGCAUUCUCACGUUGAAAGCUCAUGGCACCGCAACGCAAAAAGAACACGAAAAAUUAUAAGGAAACCGGAAAAAACGAAAGUUACUUCUGAAAGUAAUGCGAUUGAAUUGAAAGAGAUUCGAGAUAGGCAACAAUUGUUAACUCAUAAUCCUACCAGACUACACAUUCAUAAUCCUAACAGACUACACACAGAAAUGGAGGGAAAGGGCCGUUUUGAUUUACUCGAUAUGUGAGGAGUAAGUAUAAAAGGGCCCCCGUGGGAAAGAAUAGCCAUUCAUUCGGACAUACCAACUUGGCGGACGGUCGGAUCGUCUCGUUCUGCCCGCGUUUUGGGCGGGCGGACUUUCCAGACCCUCUGCUAAUCGAUAUCGAUCCGAUAUUUUUCCACUUGUUCUUUCUCCCCUUUCUCUCCGUUACUUCAUUUUCUCUUUCAUAUGUCAAGUCCAUACGGAAGUGAAGUGCACUCUAUUCCGAAGCUAUUUCAGCUGUGAUCUCUGUAAAGUUCCUUUCUUAUCCGACAAAAGUUGCAUAAAUUUCAUUUUGCUUCUAAAUGCUCACAGGAUAUCACAUUUGGGAGAGUUUCUGAAAAAACUGCGCUGAACUCUCGGAUGCCUCUAUAUGUAGUAGAAACAAACCGUCCUGUUAUUCCUAUGUAUUUUGUGAAAAACCGGAACAAAUGCUCACUUUUUUUGUCGUUCAGAUCGGUGCUCAAUGAGUUGGGCAUAGUGUAGGGUGUGGCAAACAGUAAAAAAAUUGCGUACAUUUCUGAGUAAUUCUUUUCUCCCUGCGAUCAAUUUUUAAACAAAAAUCUUGCCUACCAGUGGUGUCUUUUUCGAAUUAAUAGAACUUUUUAUGUGACUACAAUAGCUUAGAAGAGGUGUAUUCCUCGGGAGUAUCCGUCUGUACGUCCUUCUCUGAGUAGGGCCACAGCGGUGACCUUCGUGACGUGAUUUGCCCCUGUCACGGAGGAAAAAAAUCACCGCCCCCACCUUACACGUGGCGUGGUUGACCCCCUUCUCUACGGGGCGGCGGCUCUGCGGACCGUGGGUACUUGAUGCGGAGUUGCACGGUCCUUACGGAUCAGAUCCCUUCAAGUGACCCUAACGAUAACUUCUUGAAGGAAGCCUGAGAUGAGAGGGAUGUGGGCAGACAGAGACGGGCACUCUUUGGGGUUAACCUCUUGCGCGCAUAUGACUUACAUGUUAGAAUUUUAGUUAGUAGAAGAAACUGCCACACCCUACUUAAACUCUCUCUCUCUCUUCUCUCGCUACGUCGGACACGAGAACCCACAAGGAUCUUCGGAAGGCGAGGAAUAGUCAAGAAACUUCCCACUCUUGAUGCAAGCAGUGACUGCCACUUUUCGAAGUGUCAGUCAUUAGGAUCUGAUAGAGUAGGAGGGAGGCGCAUUCCGCCGAGCACUUUGUGAGUUUGCAAGCAGAAUAAGAAUCAUAACAAUUGAAUGUUUCAGACGUGCACAGGUGUGUCAAUUCUCGCGUUACACGCACAAAUCGGCCUGUACGAGGAGGAGCGGGUAAAGCUGUACCAGAAAUUGGUCGAGAAGGACGACGAGAUCCAGAAGGUGUCGCAGGAGCUCGAGAAGCUCCGACAACAGGUGCUUCUGCAAGAGGAGGCACUGCAGACGAUGCUCGAGAACGAGGAGAUCAUCCGCGAAGAGAACUCGCGCAUUCAGAAAGAGGCCGACGACAAGCAGCAGGAGGGCAAGGAGAUGAUGACGAAGAAGUCAAGAAACUUCCCACUCUUGAUGCAAGCAGUGACUGCCACUUUUCGAAGUGUCAGUCAUUAGGAUCUGAUAGAGUAGGAGGGAGGCGCAUUCCGCCGAGCACUUUGUGAGUUUGCAAGCAGAAUAAGAAUCAUAACAAUUGAAUGUUUCAGACGUGCACAGGUGUGUCAAUUCUCGCGUUACACGCACAAAUCGGCCUGUACGAGGAGGAGCGGGUAAAGCUGUACCAGAAAUUGGUCGAGAAGGACGACGAGAUCCAGAAGGUGUCGCAGGAGCUCGAGAAGCUCCGACAACAGGUGCUUCUGCAAGAGGAGGCACUGCAGACGAUGCGCAAGAACGAGGAGAUCAUCCGCGAAGAGAACUCGCGCAUUCAGAAAGAGGCCGACGACAAGCAGCAGGAGGGCAAGGAGAUGAUGACGAAGAAGUCAAGAAACUUCCCACUCUUGAUGCAAGCAGUGACUGCCACUUUUCGAAGUGUCAGUCAUUAGGAUCUGAUAGAGUAGGAGGGAGGCGCAUUUCCGCCGAGCACUUUGUGAGUUUGCAAGCAGAAUAAGAACCAUAACAAUUGAAUGUUUCAGACGUGCACAGGUGUGUCAAUUCUCGCGUUACACGCACAAAUCGGCCUGUACGAGGAGGAGCGGGUAAAGCUGUACCAGAAAUUGGACGAGAAGGACGACGAGAUCCAGAAGGUGUCGCAGGAGCUCGAGAAGCUCCGACAACAGGUGCUUCUGCAAGAGGAGGCACUGCAGACGAUGCUCGAGAACGAGGAGAUCAUCCGCGAAGAGAACUCGCGCAUUCAGAAAGAGGCCGACGACAAGCAGCAGGAGGGCAAGGAGAUGAUGACGAAGAAGGGCGAAGAACAGUCAAGAAACUUCCCACUCUUGAUGCAAGCAGUGACUGCCACUUUUCGAAGUGUCAGUCAUUAGGAUCUGAUAGAGUAGGAGGGAGGCGCAUUUCCGCCGAGCACUUUGUGAGUUUGCAAGCAGAAUAAGAACCAUAACAAUUGAAUGUUUCAGACGUGCACAGGUGUGUCAAUUCUCGCGUUACACGCACAAAUCGGCCUGUACGAGGAGGAGCGGGUAAAGCUGUACCAGCAAAUUGGACGAGAAGAACGACGAGAUCCAGAAGGUGUCGCAGGAGCUCGAGAAGCUCCGACAACAGGUGCUUCUGCAAGAGGAGGCACUGCAGACGAUGCUCGAGAACGAGGAGAUCAUCCGCGAAGAGAACUCGCGCAUUCAGAAAGAGGCCGACGACAAGCAGCAGGAGGGCAAGGAGAUGAUGACGAAGAACAGGGCGAAGAACAGUCACGAAACUUCCCACUCUUGAUGCAAGCAGUGACUGCCACUUUUCGAAGUGUCAGUCAUUAGGAUCUGAUAGAGUAGGAGGGAGGCGCAUUUCGCCGAGCACUUUGUGAGUUUGCAAGCAGAAUAAGAACCAUAACAAUUGAAUGUUUCAGACGUGCACAGGUGUGUCAAUUCUCGCGUUACACGCACAAAUCGGCCUGUACGAGGAGGAGCGGGUAAAGCUGUAGCAGCAAUUGGACGAGAAGAACGACGAGAUCCAGAAGGUGUCGCAGGAGCUCGAGAAGCUCCGACAACAGGUGCUUCUGCAAGAGGAGGCACUGCAGACGAUGCUCGAGAACGAGGAGAUCAUCCGCGAAGAGAACUCGCGCAUUCAGAAAGAGGCCGACGACAAGCAGCAGGAGGGCAAGGAGAUGAUGACGAAGAAGUCAAGAAACUUCCCACUCUUGAUGCAAGCAGUGACUGCCACUUUUCGAAGUGUCAGUCAUUAG